AUGGCAUAUCACAAUGAGAAUGUGCAACCGGAAUUAUUUCAAUCGAUAAAGACAGCAGUUGUUGUGCAAAAACUUGAAGAUGAUGAAGUAACAGAGGAAAUGCAAGAAUCUUCCGACAGUGAAAGCGAAAUUGAACCAUCCGUAUAUGAAAGGCGAAGGGAGUUAAAUGCCUGGCGAACUGUGUUAGCUGAAAAACUUUUUAUCGAAACCAAAAAGAAGCUUUAUGCUGAGAAACUAAAGCAGCUGGAAAAAAGACAAGCUGAAGUCUUGAGCCAGGAAGCAGCAGAUUUUAUCAAGAAAAAGGAAGAAAUUCUUAAGGAAUAUCAUGAUAGACUGCAGUACAUUGAAGUUAUUCGAGCGUUACGGACCGAAUCACUGAAAAGACGUACCAUCGGUCAGUUGGAGUGUGCCCAGCAGAAUUUGAAUAACAAUAAACAGAUGGCUUAUGAAAAGAUCGAGACAGAUAUUUGGAAAAUGAUACAAAAGCUAGAUGAUGAUAUGAAAAGAUGCACAAAAGAGUAUGUAAAUUUUUGUCGAGAAGUCGAACGAAAUAAAGAACGGGAAUGGAGGAAACGAAAGCGUUAUCCAGUGGCUACUGUAAUUGAACGAUUAUUGGGUGAUGCGGUAUCCUCGCUCAUGGAUUCAUAUAAUGAAAAUGUUGAUGAGGAUCUCUAUGUUUGCGAACAAGCUCUAAGAGCUGUAAAUGGACGAGAAAACUACCAAUAG